AUGAGACAACAACAGCUGUCAACAAACUUGUUAAGUGGAGCCAAGAAGGACAAAUUCUUCAUGGACUUGUGCAGUGCUUUCAUGAAAGCGGAUAUAGCUCUGCACAAGCUUUCGAAUGAUGCUCUGAAGAACUUCCUCGAACACCACACAUCCAUGAAAAUACCCGAACCUUCCACUCUACGAAAAACGUAUGUUCCUGAAGUUUAUGCCGACGUGAUCGAUCGCAUCCGGCAAGGAAUCGCUUGUUCGAAAAUUUGGGUCUCGAUAGAUGAGACCACGGAUAGAGCUGGACGGAGUAUCGCAAACGUGAUCGUGGGGAAACUAGAGAGAACUCAUUUUGGUAGAAGUUAUCUCUUGGUAUGUGAACAACUCGAAAAAUGCAACGCCACCACGAUCGCCCACAUUUUCGUGAAGUCCAUGGAAAUUCUUUGGAACGGCGAUGUGCACUAUGAUCGCGUCUUAAUCUUUGUCAGCGAUGCUGCCCGUUACAUGGGGAGAGCUGCCGCCAGCUUGAAGGUUUUGUUCCCGCGAAUGAUACACGUCACCUGCCUUGCUCACGGCCUACACAGGGUAUCCGAAGAGAUCCGCGGAUUGUUUCCGAAGGUAGAUCAGCUGAUCGCAUCGAUGAAGAUGGUCCUUUUGAAGUCCCCGUCUCGUAUUUCGCUCUUUAGAGAGGAGGUCGAACUCCCGCUGCCCCCGAAGCCGAUCUUGACCCGGUGGGGGACAUGGAUAGAGGCAGUGGAAUAUUACGCCCGGAACUUCGAGGUCUUGAGGAGAUUUGUCUGCGAAAAAUUGCAGGCGGACGAUGCGCUCGCAAUCAAGACAGCACAAAGGCUCUUCGUUGACGCGACUGUCCAAUCCGGUCUCGUGGCGAUAGCAACACAUUUUUCAAAAAUUCCCGACUGUAUCACCGCUCUGGAGGGACACGGUCUGUCGCUCGAAAAAUCGUUGAGCAUCGUCGAAGAUUUACGAGAAGAAUUCAGACUUCUCCCCACCGAACUCAGCGCAAUUUCCCAGAAGUUUGAAAACGUCCUGAAAAACAACGCUGGCUUCGCUGAGCUUCAACGUUUAAGAGAUUUUAUGCGGGGAGAAGCGAGCGGAGAGGACGUUGUUAUGCCACUCGAUGACCAGAUCCUGUUGAAGUUCGCUCCGGUUGUUUCUUGUGAGGUCGAGCGAUCUUUUUCCCGGUACAAGUCAAUCUUCCGCGACAACCGCCGCUCGCUUCUUUUCGAAAACUUGAAAAAGUACGUUGUAGUCGCUUGUAACCAGGACAUUGACUAA